UAUGUGAGCAACUCAAACGACAUCACAUAGAAAGCUGUAAAGACCUGUUAUCUCUGACUGCUGUUGAGGUGAUGCAUGCCGCAGGGAUGAGCUAUCAGAAAGCUUUGGUGCUGAUGCAGUCCGUCAGCAAAGCCGUCGCACCGCCUGUCAUCACGGCUCUGGAGCUGUGGAAGCAACAUUCGUGUUUCUCCACAUCAUUACCUGCUCUGGAUAAACUCCUGAGAGGAGGCCUGCCCUAUGGGACCAUCACAGAGGUGACAGGGCCCUCUGGCUGUGGGAAGACUCAGAUGUGUCUGAUGCUGAGUGUUUUGGCCACUCUGCCAAAGAGUGAGGGAGGCAUGGACAGUGAUGUGAUCUACAUAGACACAGAGUCUGCUUUCUCUGCCGAGAGGCUGGUGGAGAUUGCGCAGAGCCGGUUCCCAAACUUCUUCAGCAGUAAGGAGAAAGUCCUGCAGAUGGCCGGGCGGGUGCAUCUAUUCAGGGAGCUCACCUGUCAAGAUGUCCUCAACAGACUGGAGAGACUAGAAGAGGACAUCAUCUCAACCGGAGCGGGUCUCAUCAUCCUGGACUCUGUGGCCUCUGUGGUGAGAAAGGAGUUUGACACAACGUUGCCCGGCAACCUGAUUCACCGCAGCAACCUGCUGGGCCACGAGGCCUCCACCCUCAAAUACCUGGCACACCAGUUUAACAUCCCUGUGGUGCUCACCAACCAGAUCACAACUCACGUGGGGGGAUCUGAGGGGGAUUCUGGGUUUGUAACAGCAGCUCUGGGGAACACGUGGAGUCACAGUGUCAACACACGUCUGAUUGUCCAGUAUGUGGAUGCACACCAGAGACAGAUACUGAUAGCCAAGUCACCCGUGGCUCCAUUUGCUGUGCUGAACUACACCAUUGAGAAGCAGGGGAUCUGUGUGGAUGGAGAGGGCAGUCAGGAGACCUUGUAUGAGGGCACGGAUCCAGGGCUACAGCCAAUUAGGGUUCAGACUGGAUUCAAUUACAUAACCAGACCUAUGGACUAGACUGGUCAAACACUGUGACUCACCUGUGUGUAUGUGUGCGUGUGUGGAGAUGCCAGGAAAUGACACAGCUACUUGCCUGCUUAAAGUCCACACCAUUAUUUUAAGGACAUUGUCACUGAGAAAACUACUUCCUGUUUUAAUGUUCAGGGACGCUGUGCUGACUUUGACCAUACGUAUGUCUAAUUUUUUUUGUCUUCUGUUUUAAUAAAAAAUAUGACUGAUAUUUUUCAUGUCCAGUUCAUUGUCGUAACACCCUGAUUUAUUUAUUAUCAGUGAAUAAAAGUGGA